CUUCCGCCUGGUCCCAACCGGAAACACAAGGCAGACAGCCGCCAGACAAACAUGGCCAUGUUAUCGUAGCAGCAGGUUCAAAGAUCUACAUCCAUGGGGGCAUGGCCGGGGACAAAUUCCACAAUGACGUGUUCUCUCUCGAUACAAAGAUCAUGAAGUGGGAGAAGGUGCAAGUCAAAGGAGAUAUCCCACCAGGAGUAGCAGCCCACUCAGCUGUGGCUUUGGGAAAGAACAUCUAUAUCUUUGGGGGAAUGACAGCAGAAGGAGCGACCAACUCCAUGUAUAGAUUCAACACUGAUAAUCAUGAGUGGGACAUCCCAGAGUGGGAGGGUUUGGACUCGCGGUAUGAACACUGCUGCUUUGUCCCAGAAAGCUGUCCUCAGAGCCUGUGGGUGUUUGGAGGGGCACAGCAGAGCGGCAACCGCAAUUGUAUCCAGAAUGUACAGCUAACAGGUAAAUCCCAAUUCAAAUGAAUCCAGUACUCUCUUAUUUUCAGAUGGUUUCCCUGACUAAUUCCAAUUCACAUGAAGAAGAGGUGCUAAUAUACUGUGUAUGUUACUUUGGAAUUAUCUGAUGUAGUGAAAAACUAAAGUCUCUCUGCCCUCCUUCAGACAUGUUUGUAAUCUUUCA